AUGAUGGUGGAGGUGAUGGAGCUGCCCAAGUCGCGUAUCAAUGCCGGCAUGCUAGCUCAGUCCAUCGACCGGCCCGUCUGCUUCGUAGGGAGGCUGGAAAAGAUUCAUCCCACUGGAAAAAUGUUUAUUCUUUCAGAUGGAGAAGGGAAAAGUGCAACCAUUGAGUUGAUGGAGCCUCUUGAUGAAGAAAUCUCUGGAAUUGUGGAAGUAGUUGGAAGAGUAACAGCCAAGGCAACCAUUAUGUGCUCAUCUUAUGUCCAGUUUAAAGAAGAUAUCCAUCCUUUUGAUCUUGGACUUUACAAUGAAGCAGUGAAAAUUAUCCAUGAGUUCCCUCAGUUUUUUCCUUUGGGGGUUAAGCAAUAUGAUUGA